UACGAUUGCCGAUGAGCAAAAAUGCACCUGCACUUCAUCCACUGAUGGUCUGUCUGAAGCGAUCGUUUCUCGUGCGCUAGGUGGCACUUGUUGCGUUCCAAAGCAUCUGUGAGCUGGCGGUGGAGGAUUAUCAUUGAAUUAAACUUGAACUGUUAUUAUUUGUCCAUUCUUUUGAAACUUGCCUAUCACAAAAAUAAAUCGUGUUUUGCUUUAACGUUUUGCGCUAGUUUAGUAAAAAAAAAAAAAAAAAAAAACAUACAUCCGCUAAAGUUAACGUAGGCUGAAUUGCACGUGCUCGCACAACACGUAUAGCAAAACCGUGAACUUGAACUCCAAUCUAACGGUAUUUUCUCUUUGUGUUGAGGUAAAGAUAUUCUUUGUGUAUCUUGCACUGUUUUCUGUUGUCUUUCUGAGCAUGUUUUACAUUUCCAUACGAGUCCCGCCUCUGUGUUUAUAGCGCGCUCCCGGGCAGCCGAGCGCACAAAGUGAAGCAGACUUCGCUGAGGACUCCACCUGUUUCAAAAUGAACUACUGUGGCCACGAACACCCUCCCUGAAAAAGGAUGACAUCUAAAUGUCAGUCUUCAGAUGUCCUGCAACAAAACCUGACUGCUGGAACCAUGAUGUGGGACUCGAACCUCUCCAAAUCUUCACAGGACAGCGCGGGCAAGAGCGCCAGCUGUGGCACCGUGUCCGUGUUUUUUCCCAUCACUAUGAUGAUCACCGGAAUGGUCGGAAACACUCUCGCGAUGCUGCUAGUUUAUAGCGCAUACAGAAAAAAGGAAAAUAAAAGGAAGAAAUCGUUUCUCCUUUGCAUCGGCUCGUUGGCGUUAACUGAUCUUUUUGGCCAACUGCUCACAAGUCCGAUUGUCAUUUCGGUGUACAGAGCAGAUCUGAAAUGGAAACGCGUGGACCCUUCAGGGACUCUGUGCGCUUUCUUUGGGGUGUGCAUGACUACUUUUGGCUUGUGUCCUCUCUUUUUAGCCAGUGCCAUGGCCAUUGAGAGGGCUUUGGCCAUCACUGCUCCUCACUGGUACUCAAACUACAUGAAAACCAACGUGACCAAGCAGGUUCUGGUCAUCAUCUGGUGCCUGGUUUUACUAUUUGCUUUAUUGCCCAUUGCUGGGGUUGGAAAGUACACACUGCAGUGGCCAGGAACUUGGUGCUUCAUAAGUACAGGUGACAAGAACGUAACGGGAAAUACGUUUUUUGCCACGACAUUUGCAGCAUUGGGGAUAUUUUCCUUGCUGGUCACGUUGUCGUGUAAUGUUGUGACCAUCCGUGCUUUGGUUACACGUUGCAAAACGAAGGCAACCUCAACCCAGUCAUCCAGGCAAUGGGAGAGGUUAACAACAGAGACUGUUAUUCAGUUGAUGGGCAUUAUGUGUGUGCUGUUGACAUGCUGGUCACCUCUACUGAUCCUUAUGUUGAAGAUGAUCUCUACCCACACAUCGUCGCAUCAGUGCAGUUCUGCUGCUGUAUCUCUCUCACCCCAGGACUUACAGAUGGACUGUAACUUCUUUCUCACAGCCAUACGUCUGGCCUCACUUAAUCAGAUUCUAGAUCCAUGGGUUUACCUGCUUCUAAGAGAGAUACUCCUGAGGAAGUUCUGCCAGGUGGCCAGCGCAGUAUCCAAGUGCUCACUGAACGCACGGAAAGAAACUCCGUGUCCUCUAGACGCCCUAGAUAAAAAGGCCAUUCAUGAUGAUAAUGUUCACAAACAGUCCCUAACCAUGGAGAACAGUAACUUGAAUGGGGGAAAUGGGGAACAGUGACUUGAUAGUAGAAUAAUAAUGAACUGUCCAUUUUCCAGAUCUAUUUGUGGAUUAUUGUAUUGACAUAGGGCGAUGUCAGCAUGCUACCACGCAAACGCAUCAUUCAUGUCGCUGUCACAGUCAACACAUUGAAAGAGUUUUUAUUCAUGGUUAAUCAGCAACCUUUGAAAUUUAACAAAAUGGCAAGACCUUGAAAUAAUUACAUUAGCAGGGUUCCUCACUGUCACGGAAUCACUUGAAAGUAUGGUACAUGUUAACGAAUGGUUUUGUGGGAAUCCUGCAUAUACAACAGCAAUAUUAGCAAAUUAACAAAAGCAAAAUCAUAAACUGAUGUUUUCCAGCUCCUGUGGAGACUGAUUAUUUUAAACUAUAUAGCAAAAUCCUUUUAUUCACCUGCCAACUGCAAGAAGAAAUUGAAGGAAUAUUUCUUAGACUAACUUAUGGUCUGUUAUUUAACAUUUCAGAGCUGUUUAUAAUUCAGUAAAGCACUGAAUGGUCUCAAAUACUUUUCUCUAAACUCAUCCUCACGGCUUAAUUUAAAACCUUUUCAUAAACACUAAACUUCUCUAGACUAAUUGUGUGCAUUUCUCAAUGCCUAGUCUGCAGAGCCCAUUUUGAUGCUGAUAACUGUAACUGUGGGCACAUUUAAUUGAAUUCCAUUCUUGAAUUCUUCAGUUAGAUUCCUGAGUAAAUGUAAAAGUGCAAACUAAUUCAGUAGUUUGGUGAGAUACUUUCUGACCUUGGAACCGUCCACUCAGAGCGUUCAUUUUAAUAGCCAAAUUUUGACACACCAAGUGCCUCAAGGUGUUGUAUUUUUUUAUGUGCAACAUUUAUGAUAAUAUCAAUUGCCAUCAUAAACCAAAAUGCCUUUUUUUUAUUCUGAUUAAAGGCAAUUUCAACAGAUGAUGUUUCGUCAUUCAUGGAAAUUGCUUUUUUAUACCAGCUGUUGUCAGAAGGCCAUUUAAGCUUUGUUCUGUUUUUAUCUUGCAUCCUUAUAUUAGUGGUAAAUUAUGUCAAUUUUGAGGUAGUUUGACUUGAGAAAUAUUUAAUGAGUUGUAUGACUGGUGCAAGCUGUUUGUUGAAUUUCAAUUGAACAUACAUAAAUUAUUGGCUAGGAUGAAUGAAAUAGUUCUGCUAAUUGGGCCCUUGAGUUGUACAUCUGUAAUUUUGCAUCUACCGUGUGUGACUGAACAUCAUCUUAGCAUAUUAUAUGUUUCCACGGUGCAGUUAUUGAUGUAGAAAGGACCCAUGGACCAUCAAUUAUGCGAAACAGCAGGUUAUAUUCAUGGCACUCUGCAAAUACAUUUGUAAUGCAAUAUACCAUAUUAAAAGGAAAAGGCAAAUUCUAUUUAAAUAAUAAUUACGGUCAGUCAUUUGUUAAAGGAAAAUACUUUCAAAAUAGUGUUCUAUAAAGCACUGUCUUUAUGUUCCAAACCUGCUUCAAUCCACAUGACGCUGGAAAUGUUUGGGCCAAUGAUUUUACACCCUGUAGAUUAAAAGAAAAUGAGCAAGGAAUAUGCAAAAGCAUUGUCUGAGAAAAAAGGGAGAGGCAAUGUAAUGUAUUUUCCUAGAGGUCAGAGCUCUGUGAAAUCAGUCGACGUGACAAGGUGCCAUUACCAGUAAAUAUAUUUGGAAGAUUGCAUAAAGAAUUGAGAAAUUGCUAGUUUUCUGUUUCCACCAAAAAGAGGGUUUGCAAAUCCAAAAAAUAUCCUCAGAGAAUACUGUGAAAAUGAAUUAUUUUGAUAUGGAAUUCAUUUAUAGUGAAAUGCUACUCAGGCUGCACCAUCAGAUGUAGUCAUGCUGAGCUUGCCAUUGUCUGCUUGGGUAGCUGCUGAAUAGGGCAAUAGAAAAAAGAAUGAUUGCAUAAUAUUUCAUUGUCAAAUUAAAAGUUCCAGUGUAUCCAUGACUACAAAAGCAGGUCUCCUGUCAGCUCACAUGCAUUGAGCUGAUAAUAAACAAAUGACUUAUGGCCAUUCAGUGUAUGAAUUAUGUGACUGAUUCUUAUUUACUCCACAGGCUCAGAGUCUACACUAAAGCUGUUCAGAGCAUUAUAUUAAUGUUGCCAAAGGCAUCUCAUCUGAGCUUCUUUCAUAUAAAAAGGUUUAUUCAUUAUAUUAUUCUCUCAUCAUUUACUUGCCCUUACAAAACCAUUUGGAUUUAUUUUUGAAGGAGAGCUUUCAAGAUUCAAGUAAAGGCACCAUAAAUGUAAACUAAAAAUAAAAUAAAACACAUCUGUUCUCCACACAAAGCUAAUUAUUGUCUUCAGAGGAAAUAAAAUUAAUGAAAUUAUAGUCCCUUUUGAAGCUCCAGUCACUCUUCUAUGUAGUUCAAUAAAAAAGGAAGAAGAAGAAAAUCAUCCAUUCAUACAUUUUCCAAACUGUUGCUGCUGUGGGGAAAAUGUACCCAUAAAUGUACCACGGGAAAAAGAAACUUGUAUGAGUUUGAAAUUGAUUCUUUCAUGUUAAUGCAAAGACUUUCAUACAUUUUGUUUUGGUGUAAUUAAGUGUCUCUACUUAUUUUGAUCAUUCUAAGUGGAACUACAGAACACCAGUGAUUUUCUGUAAUCAUAAUUUAUAAUAUAUGUACAGGUGAUAAGAGCUGUCAGGUAGUUAUUGCAUGUGAAGCCACCAGCAAAUCGUUUUAGACCAUAACCCACCAGUGAAUGUUCUAAUGCCAGAUGAAGUGGCAAGUCUGCAUUACAAACAACAGGGUUUCAUGAAUGUAUUUCAAGUUUUACAUUUAUUUCCGAUGUAACCAUGUGUACAGCUCUGAGACUCCAUUCACAGCCAGAGCUGUCAUUAAGCUUGUAUCAACAGAUGGUCGUGGCUCUGCUUGUGUGUUUUUGAUAAGAAAUGUUUGCAUAUGCUUGCAACUGUUUGACGUGUCUACAAACUGCUCUGAUGUGCUUUCCUUGUAAUGGUGCUCAUUAUUCAAUCAUUAUUUGAUUCUGUGCUGCUUGUGUUUUCCAUUCACCGUGAUGGACUAUCUUUUAUGCCAUUAUCAUAAUUAAAUGGAAAUGGAAACUAA